GACAAUCAUUACAUAGCGUGCUGAGCCGAAUCCACUCGCGGAGAAGAAGAGGACGCACAGCCCCUCGCAAUCAUGGCUCAAUAGAGUAUGCAGUAUGCAACACUUGAACAGUAUGCAUCAUCGCCAGGUUGAAUAUGUUGCCCUUCGAGAUGGAGCCAAGUUCGAAACGAAUAUAAUUCGAACUUCUCCCCUCUCCUACCCAGAGGUCUCAAAGCACAGAAACCAUCAAAUGACAUUCAUCCCCAAACAUGGCCCGCUACGAAGACGGCUACGACCCGCAUGACGGGUACAACGUCAACGCCUUCAAACACCAACCCAUCCACCUGCUCGCGAUCGGCAAAGUCGUCAAGCUGAUCGCCACGCCCUUCGGACUCGCCAGCGAAGCCAUCAACGAGCACCGGAUCAAGAAGGCCAAGCACGAGAACGAUCCCGUGCUAGUCCAACUGUCGCCGCAGCACGCCGACCGACUGAUUGCGAGCGGGCAUGCGCUCCCCGCCGACGAGGACGAGGAACCCACGCAUACCCUCGUCCAUGACGAUGGGGUCGACCACGACGAGCAGGACUGGGCACUGGAUGAGAUGAUGACCUCUGAUGAGGAAGAUGAGGAAGGUAGCAACAACAACAACGACACCCACGGGAACCAAACAGCAAGAGCAGCGACAACCACCCGCAAGAAGCUCCCCUUCCCCGUGAUUCUCCCGCAGCGCCGCCCGCGGUCCAAAACCCGCGGGUUCGUGCGCGCCUACACCCCCGUUCUGCAGAAUGCGGGCGUCGAUCAGACCACCUUUCUCCGGUUCUUAAAGGAUCUGCACACGCAUGCGCAGGCGUCGCCUGUUCUGGAGGUCCUCAGUAUCGCUGCCGGGGUCGCGGGCAUCUAUCCCGAUCUGCUGGUUGCGGGCGUAGCGCAGGCGGUGCAGAUUGCUGCCAUGGCCGGGCGGGAGAUGCAGGAGCGGUGGCGGACGAAUAGAUUCCUAGAUCAGAUGAAUCGAGAGCUCUUCAUGCCGCGCGGCUUGUAUGUGUUGAUUGUAGGGACAAAGACGGUGGAUCUGGGGGCCCAGGCGGUCGCCAAAUACGGUGGUUCUUCCGGCUCUUCUGCGGAGGGUAAGGGGGAAGAAGGGUGGAAGGAGAAGGCGACGAAGCGGCUCCGUGAAACGAGUGGGACGACUCGUGGCGAGGCGGAGAUGCGGUUCAUGUGUGCCCCGUUGGUGUUUCCAGAGAUCGAGCGGGUGGCGCGUGAGAUGAUCGACGAGUAUGCGCAGGGCAGGGAGUCCGCCAGCAACGCGGCGCUCAGAUUCAAGGAUAAGGCCAAGGGCACGGGCAAGUGGCUUGCCGACUAUUUUGACCGUCGCGCACAGGCCGACUUUGCAUUCAACAAUCCUAACUCAACACUCGUGAAGGCCAUGGGCGAUGCAGCCCCACAGUUCAAGUCUAAGUUGAGUGACCCGAAUGAUCAACGAAACAAACACCUGGCUACCCUCACCACCGGGGGAAAGCUGCGAGCAGAGCCGCUCCGUGCGAAGCGGAGGUGGGAAAAGGCGCAGCGCAAACUGGACGAGCAAAGGGCUCGGGGCUUGAGGGGAAAGCCCCAGAAGCGCCUGUUACAGGAAAACGUGUUGUACCUCAUGGUGGUGAAUAUGCCCACAGAAGCUGAGCUCGAGAGGGCAAAACAAGAUUUGCAGGCAGCGGCAGUCUUGAAAGAAAGAUUGUGAAUGCUUUGUCUUUUCACUUGCGUACGCUUCAAAUACUUCCCGGGAGACAAUACACCCACCCCCUCUUCUAAAUUCGAUGUUCGUUGGUUGUUCGAUCAGUGGUGAAUGUUCUAGGAUUCCGAUGGUAGAUAUCUUCCCUGUCAAGCUCAAGUACAACUUGCCACUAAUGUCAUAUCUAUCUCCAAGCCUAGCGACUGAAUGGUUUAUCUGAAGCUUUUCGAACCCCUAGCGAACACCAAGUUAUCUCUUUGAGUUGGAACUAGAAACUGUCAGCAAGCCUGCCAUGGAAGGUUGUGGAUACGUUCCAGGGUCUAAAAGUAGUUUAGCGCGCUUAACACAAAAGGCGGUCUAUUCAGGACUGGCACAGCA